AUGCCGUGCACGGAGCGGGCAGGGGCGAAGGCCGUCCUCUGCAGCUCCCAGCACUUGGAGGAGAUCCCCGAGGACAUCCCCAAGGACGCAGUGUUCCUCAAGUUGGAUGCCAACAGCAUCACCAAGAUCCCCAGCAACGCCUUCCGGCACCUUUCCCACCUGGAGGAACUUGAUCUCUCCAGGAACGCUAUUGAGAAGAUCGACAGGGCAGCUUUCAAAGGGGUGGCUGCCGGGCUGCGUACCCUCGAUCUCUCCAGCAACCGCAUCCGCAGCAUCCCCAAGGAGGCCUUGCUGGCGCUCAAUGCCAAGCUCCGACUGGCCAACAACCCCUGGCACUGCGAGUGUGCCCUGCAGGAGGUGCUGUGGGAGGCACAGCUGGACCCCGACUCCGUCCAGGACAUCACCUGCCACACAGCCCCACGCGAGGAGUAUGUGGGCAAGCCGCUGCUCCAAGUCCUGGAUGCGGGUGUCAACUUCUGCAGCGUCCGUCAGAGGACCACGGACGUGGCCAUGUUCAUCGCCAUGUUCGGCUGGUUCGCCAUGGUCAUUGUCUAUGUGAUCUGCUAUGUCCGGCACAAUCGAGAGGACACCUGCAAGCACGUGGAGUACCUGAAGUCACUGCCAAGCACCCAGGGCCAUGCAGAGACCACCAGCAUGUAG